AUGACGGCAGCAAAAGAAAAUGAGAUUCAGGCUGUCCGCUUGCUGAUCAAGAAGGGGGCAGAUGUGAACCAACAGCGUCCAGAGAGAUUUGAGCAGAAAACUGCUCUGCAUAUCGCUUUAGAAGCUGGAAACCUUUCUAUAGCCAGAACUCUCCUUUUGCAACAUGCUUGUAUUUCACGGUGUCCAAAUUAUAAAUACAAUGCUCUACAUACAGCUGUCCUUACUGACCGAGUUGAUCUUGUUGAGCUGGUUCUCUAUUUUCCACAAGAUAUUGACGAGACUACUGAUGACAACUGUACAGCCCUCAUGAUGGCAGCUGCCUCAACCAAUUUGAAGAACCAGAUGCAAAUCAUUAAACUGCUGAUAAAAGCUGGUGCCAAUCCAAACUUUCAUGCUGGUAUCAUGAACUAUAUAGCUCCCUGCUUAUCUCCCUUGAUUGAAUAUUUAAGUAACCAUGAAACUAUUGGCUAUGACAUCGUGUUUCUCUUGAUUCAGUCUGGAGCCUGGGUGCAUUUUGCUGGGGUGUCAACAGUUGUCAGAAAGAAGGAUCCAUUUGGUGUUCUCGCGUAUAUGCCUGUGAUUCGUAAGGAUAAACAGUUGCUUGAUCUCCUAAUUGAAGCCAGCAGUGUUUUUGAUGUGCAUGCAAUUUCUACCUGUAAGGAAGUAAACGAAGAAGAAAAGAAGAUGUUCACAGAACUUGGAAGCCGGCCACUCUCGCUCAAAAAGUUGGUGCGUCAUUUCAUACGUAAACAACAGCUGCUUCCUUUUGCUGAAAGAAUCAAGAACUUGCCUCUCCCAGAAGAACUGAUGAAAUUUCUUCUUUUUCAAAGAGAUUAG